AAAACACAAUUACCCACCCCAACCUGAUUCGCGCACAGAGUCUCACUCUCCUCACUCGCUCGCUCACCACCACCUAGAUUUGAGGCAUGGCGCUGAACGAAAGCGGACCCGACCCGGAAGAUGAGGACCUGGAGCGCCAAGUGGAUGAAAUGGCGAAGAAGGUUCUCGAGUACAGAGCAACUUUACCAGAUCAGCUCAAGAACACCGUCGCCUCCAUUCUCGCCGUCCAGCGGCCCGUAUUUUUGGAUGGGUCGGGACCAGGGACGUCCGGAGCUCCAAAUUUUGAACAAGUUGGUUCGAAUAAGUGGGCAUUACUGGCCGAUGGAGAUCAGACUUUCGAGAGGAUGCAAUUGCAUAAAGAUAAAUUUCCCAGCAACGUUGCUGCCUUGCCUAUUGUUUUGAAGAGAGCAGAAGAGUGUUCUUCAAAGAUUGACAAAUUAGAUCCUCAAAGCAGAAUCAUACAUUCUGCGUUUCAAAAGAAAAGGACUAGUUGACCAAGAUUGCAAACCCUUGAUCGCUUCUGUAUCUGCUGUUAAUCGAUGUAGCAUGACACAGAUGUUUUAAAAUUGAUCAAAUUUGAUUUGUAAAAUGAAGCAGUACGAGUUUUCGUUGGGCUGUAACUACUGAAGAAAGUGUGCUUUGAAUUUGAAGUAUACCUUAGUAUGUUGCCAA